CCUAUUCUAAUGAAUUACUCCGAUUGGUUGAUCAAGUUAUUCAUUCUGACAAUAGUUCUCUAUGCUAUAGAAAAUACAGUCAGUCCUUGUCUCGAGAACUAUCCUGCUUGUUCUCAUGAGAUUAGUAUGUAUAUCGUAGUUAGAUAUUGUUUUUACUAUGUAAACUAUUGAAGUGUUCUAGUUGUCGAUAUCGAGCAUUUUGAGGAGUUCUUUUGAAAAGGAACUGAUGGACACUUCGAUUGAUAAAAACACACAUAUUUCAUUUUGAUUUGUAAAGUUUAGAUUUAGAACCAUUUUGUAACAAUGCCACUGUCAGUAGAAUAUUCUGUUCAUUUGGCAAUAUGAAAAUUUGUAAAUGAACAACAAAGACAAAAUUGAAUGUUGUGAUGGCAAACAAUAGCGGACACUUAAAUUUACACUUUGAUUGUUCUUUCCUUUGUUUUUUUUCAUUGAAAUUCAUUCAUACAAUUGUAUCAUCAGUCAAUCUCUAUACAUUGCAAUAAAUAUUAGAAAAAUUGUCAUAUUAUAGUUUAACUCGACGCAAGUUUAAAUGAGAGAAAUAAUAUAUAUACAUACUAAAAUCUCACUUAUUAAAAACUCUUCCAAACACAACAGACGAAUGAUUCAACCGAUACUAAAAAUAUGAUGCAAGAAUGCAUUUCAAAGACAACUUAAAGUACUUCCGACAGACUUCGAUUUUGUUUUUGAAUCUUAGCGGCUAGCUUAAAUAAUAAUAUUAUAGCAUUCUUCAAUAGUCACUUAUUUUAUUGUUACAUUCCAAAGUGCUGACAACGGAAGACAAACAAUGAGAGUCAAGGGUUUUUUUUCACGCAUUUUUCUUAAUGUCUUUCAUUCAUGAUCUGCUUUGAUCAUUUAUGAACAUCAGCUAGUUCUAAACUAAUCCAAAAUGGAAAUAAAUGAAGACCUUGGCGGCUCAAAAAAGUCCAUAGCAUGUCGAAUAUGCCUUGCAAUCUAUAUAAAAUCCGGUUAUUUUUUCUGGGUUGCUUGUUAUAGUCAACGACAAGACGCACUGAGUUCGAUAUUCUCUACAACUUAUCAUUCUACGUAGAAUCGGCACUCAAUGAAACACUACAAGAGCCACCCGAUGGAUUGAUUGUGAAUGAGAGUGCUGCGAUUCGUCUCUAUACGAUUGAAUGGGAAAAACCUCAUCGAAGUCUCUAUUCAAUGCUUAAUUACACUCUCAAAACGACGUCACGUCGAGAACUUCGACCUUAUUUCAAGUAUCUGAAAUUGUUCUUGACUGCUCUCGUCAAGUUACCCUGUGUUCCACCACAAACAGUUUGGCGAGGUGUAACAAAAGAUUUAAGUGCUGAAUUUUCACCAGGCACUCAUGUGAUAUGGUGGGCAUUUUCCUCAUGUACUUGUGCACUACCUGUAUUAGAAAAUAAUAUGUACCUAGGUUCGGAAGGUGAGAGAAUUCUUUUCUCGGUCGAAGCAAUCAAUGGUCGAACGAUACAAGCUCAUUCACAUUUUGUUACGGAAGAUGAAAUUCUUCUUUUGCCUGGUACACGCAUGGAAGUUCAAUCACAGUUUAGUUCCGCAGCUGGACUUCAUAUCGUUCAUUUAUAA